CAUGCCUCCAGAAGGCUCCUCACUUAUCCCCUUUCAGGUAACAUCUGGAAUGUUGGGUUGCCUGCUUCUUUGGCCCUGAAGUCAUGGCCCUAGGUCUCUUGUGGCUGGGCCUUGCCCUGCUGGGGGCCCUGCAGACCCAAGCUCAGGACUCUACCCCAAACCCUAUCCCAGCCCCACCUCUACUCAGGGUCCCUCUGCAAUCUGACUUCCAGAAUGAGAAGUUCCAGGGGAAAUGGUACGUCUUAGGAUUGGCAGGGAAUGGAUUUAAUAAAGAAAAAGACAGCCAGUUGAAGAUGUAUACUGCCACCUACGUGCUGAAUGAAGACAACAGCUACAAUGUCACCUCUACCGUGGUCUGGGACCAGAGCUGUGACCACUGGACCAAAAUUUUCAUCCCAAAUUUGCAUCUAGGCCAAUUCAACCUGAGCAAUAUUGAGCGUUACACUGGAACGCAGAACUACACUACCCGAGUGGUGACCACAAACUACAACCAGUUUGCCAUACUGUACUUCAAGAAAGUUUUCAACAACCAGGAGCACAUCAAGGUUACACUCUAUGGGAGGAACAAGGACCUGCCUUCUGUGCUGAAGGAAAUCUUCAUCAGUUUCGCCAAAUCCCUGGGACUCACCGAAGACCACAUCAUCUUCCCUAUCCCCAUCGAUGAGUGCAUGGAUAAAUGAGCAAGUGUGCGGUGCCCUUUGGCUCUCUCUACCCCAUCCCCUCCCACUGCUGUCUGCCCAGGGUACCGCCCAGCUGUUCCCACCAGCCUGGAAACCACUGAGAGAACCAGGGGACCCUUCUCACUGCACAGCCCACCAGCUGCUCCCCAGCUGCCCAGCUGACAGAACCCCCUCCUUGGUUGCUAAAUAAACAUAUGUCCCCCGGUC